AUGGCGUCCAUCAUGGAAGGGCCGCUGAGCAAAUGGACUAACGUGAUGAAGGGCUGGCAGUACCGUUGGUUUGUGCUGGACUACAAUGCAGGGUUGCUCUCCUACUACACGUCCAAGGACAAAAUGAUGAGAGGCUCUCGCAGAGGAUGUGUUAGACUCAGAGGAGCUGUGAUUGGUAUAGACGAUGAAGACGACAGCACCUUCACAAUAACUGUUGAUCAGAAAACCUUCCAUUUCCAGGCUCGUGAUGCUGAUGAGCGAGAGAAGUGGAUCCAUGCCUUAGAGGAAACAAUUCUUCGGCAUACUCUCCAGCUUCAAGGUUUGGAUUCAGGAUUUGUUCCUAGUGUCCAAGACUUUGAUAAGAAACUUACAGAGGCUGAUGCUUACCUGCAAAUCUUGAUAGAACAAUUGAAGCUUUUUGAUGACAAGCUUCAAAACUGCAAAGAUGAUGAACAGAGAAAGAAAAUUGAAACUCUCAAAGAGACUACAAACAGCAUGGUAGAAUCAAUUAAACACUGCAUUGUGUUGCUGCAGAUUGCUAAAGACCAGAGUAAUGCGGAGAAGCACGCAGAUGGAAUUAUAAGUACUAUUAAUCCUGUAGAUGCAAUAUAUCAACCUAGUCCCUUGGAACCUGUGAUCAGCACAAUGCCUUCCCAGACUGUCUUACCUCCAGAACCUGCUCAGUUGUGUAAGUCAGAGCAGCGUCCAUCUUCCCUACCAGUUGGACCUGUAUUAGCUACCUUGGGACAUCAUCAGACUCCAACACCAAAUAGUACAGGCAGUGGGCAUUCACCACCUAGUAGCAGUCUAACUUCUCCAAGCCAUGUCAACUUGUCUCCAAAUACAGUCCCAGAGUUCUCUUAUUCUAGCAGUGAAGAUGAAUUCUAUGAUGCUGAUGAAUUCCAUCAAAGUGGCUCAUCCCCAAAGCGCUUAAUAGAACAGUAUUUGUCAUUGCCUCUCAAAACUGACCUUUUCGAUUCACAUGAUGAUAGAGAUGACGAUGGGGAGGCAGGGUCAGUGGAGGAGCACAAGAGUGUUAUCAUGCACCUUUUGUCACAGGUUAGGCUUGGAAUGGAUCUUACUAAGGUAGUUCUUCCAACAUUCAUUCUUGAAAGAAGAUCUCUUUUAGAAAUGUAUGCCGAUUUUUUUGCACAUCCGGACCUGUUUGUGAGUAUUAGUGACCAGAAGGAUCCCAGGGAUCGAAUGGUUCAGGUUGUGAAAUGGUACCUCUCAGCCUUUCAUGCAGGAAGGAAAGGAUCGGUUGCCAAAAAGCCAUACAAUCCCAUUUUGGGCGAGAUCUUUCAGUGUCACUGGACAUUACCAAACGAUACUGAAGAGAACACAGAGUUAGUUUCAGAAGGACCAGUUCCCUGGGUUUCCAAAAACAGUGUAACAUUUGUGGCUGAGCAGGUUUCCCAUCAUCCACCCAUUUCAGCCUUUUAUGCUGAGUGUUUUAACAAGAAGAUACAAUUCAAUGCUCAUAUCUGGACCAAAUCAAAAUUCCUUGGGAUGUCAAUUGGGGUGCACAACAUAGGGCAGGGCUGUGUCUCGUGUCUAGACUAUGACGAACAUUACAUUCUCACAUUCCCAAAUGGUUAUGGAAGAUCUAUCCUCACAGUGCCCUGGGUGGAAUUAGGAGGAGAAUGCAAUAUUAAUUGUUCCAAAACCGGCUAUAGUGCAAAUAUCGUCUUCCACACAAAACCUUUCUAUGGGGGCAAGAAGCACAGAAUUACUGCUGAGAUUUUUUCUCCAAAUGACAAAAAGUCUUUUUGCUCAAUUGAAGGGGAAUGGAAUGGAGUAAUGUAUGCAAAAUAUGCAACAGGGGAAAAUACAGUCUUUGUAGAUACCAAAAAGUUGCCUAUAAUCAAGAAGAAAGUGAGGAAGUUGGAAGAUCAGAAUGAGUAUGAAUCCCGCUGCCUUUGGAAGGAUGUCACUUUUAACUUAAAAGUCAAAGACAUUGAUGCAGCAACUGAAGCAAAACACAGACUUGAAGAAAGACAAAGAGCAGAAGCCCGAGAAAGGAAGGAGAAGGAAAUUCAAUGGGAGACAAGGUUGUUUCAUGAAGAUGGAGAAUGUUGGGUUUAUGAUGAACCAUUACUGAAACGUCUUGGUGCUGCCAAGCAUUAGGUUGGGAAAUGAAAAGUUUACACCUGAUGACCAGGACAGUAGGCAUAAUUAAAGCAACAGUCUUCCUUCAGGAGAACCUGUUCACUCCUUUCUUAUUGCAGUGGUUCCUAUCUCAGGGAUACUGGACUUUCUGAAGCAUAUGAACAAUUAAAGCAGGAAAAGCUUCCCUUUUUUCUGCUUGUAGCAGUUACAAUUUUGACUUCAGUUCUGAGAAAAACUUCAGGUUUUGAAAACAAGAUAUCUGCUCUUUUUCCAAACAAAUCCUAUGCUUUGAAAAGCAUUUGUAAAUCCAAGUCUCAAACUCUGCACUCUAGUACUGCUGUUAAGAUAUCCAACCUGUUUCCUAGUUCAUAUAAUCUUUGGUUCUAUAAAUAUACACGCACACACAAACACCUAUAAAUAUACCUGAUGCCAGAUUUUUCAGAAGUACUGCAUCUAUUGUAAAUAUUCAUUCUCAGAAUUGUUUUAGAAAAUUAUUGCAAUGUAUUAAAAUAAAGCAUUAGGAAAUUUCAUGGUCUCACCUCAAAUACCUUUUAUUUUGGAUUCGAACUGUUAUUAAAUUGUAUCUAACUCUGGAUUACAGUUUAAUUAUACUCAGUGCUUCUUAAGGCUCCAUAAAGUAAUUUUUAACAACCUUUA